ACUGAGUCUGAACCAGUGGUGAAGAGACCAGGAGAAUCACACAAACUGACAUGUACAGCCUCUGGCUUCACAUUCAGUAGCUACUGGAUGAGCUGGGUCAGACAGGCUCCUGGGAAGGGACUGGAGUGGAUCUCUUGGAUCAGCACUGAUGGUGGUAGCACUGGCUACUCCCAGUCUGUUCAGGGCCGAUUCACCAUCUCCAGAGACAACGGCAAGAACCAGCUGUAUUUACAGAUGAACAGCCUGAAAGCUGAAGACACGGCUGUGUACUACUGUGCCAGAGACACACAGCGGAACCGGCUUGGCUACGUCGCCCAGGCUUCCUGCGACGCGUUCCGCUCUCCGCUGGGAGAGACGCUCUCUCAAGCGUCGGAGGCACUUGCGUACCCUUUGAAGGGGGUACUGCUGCCCGGGAGGACGCUCCUCCGCGAUGAGGUCCGCGCCCAGGGUGGCCAGUUCCAGGGCUACGGAAUCCUCUUGUACCUCUGGCUGGGAGCGCCAAUACACAGCCUCUUGCAGCAGACCGCCGCGCUGUGUUUUCGCGGAGAUCAGUCAUUCUGUCAGGGUGUGAAGGCUCAGAUUGUACUGACUGAUUCUGAACCAGUGGUGAAGAGACCAGGAGAAUCACAUAAACUGACAUGUACAGCCUCUGGGUUCACAUUCAGUAGCUCUUAUAUGCACUGGGUCAGACAGGCUACUGGGAAGGGACCGGAGUGCAUCGUUUGGAUAAGCAAUAGUGGUGGUACCACUUACUACUCCCAGUCUGUUCAGGGCAGGUUCACCAUCUCCAGAGACAACAGCAGGAACCAGCUGUAUUUACAGAUGAACAGCCUGAAAGCUGAAGACACGGCUGUGUACUACUGUGUCCCCGGCCCACCAUAUAAUUCUGCCUAUCGGGGUAAAGGCACGCAAGUCACUGUCAUCAACGCCCUGUCCAGUAGGUCCUAUUUGGAUGUGACCCUGAAGCCCCCAAGAGUAAAAGAGAUGUUCAUAGAAAACAAGGCUGUGCUGGAAUGCAUCAUCACUGGACAGGAUGAAGCAAUAAAAGAAGUUGAAGUGACCUGGAUGCUGGACAGUGUACAGGUGACAGAUAAGAUUACACAGACCGCUCCAGAAAAGGCAGAUCAUCUCUUCAGAAGGAGCAGCAUCCUGACUCUGGCAGCGAAGGCCUGGGAAGGUGGCAAAACAGUGACAUGCAGUGUGCAGCAGAAGGGUGGUCCUACUACCACAAAGACUCUCAGUUUUGGGCAAAAAGGUACUAUGAGACCAACAGUCUCCAUCCAAACACCAUCUCCUGAAGACCUUGAUGGAAAAAGUGAAUUCUUCCUGCUCUGCCUGGUAACAGGCUUCUAUCCUGAGGAAAUAUACAUCAUGUGGCAAGUAGAUGGGGGCCAGUAUGAGGAGAGUGUUACUGGAGAGCCAUUCUGGACUGGGGAUAAAUACUCGGUCACCAGUCUGUUUAAGGUAUCAAAAGUGGACUGGGACAAAGGCACCAAGUACAACUGCAACGCUAGACACGCAUCUCAAAAGGGAACACAGAUACGUUCUCAUCCUGUCUCCAAAUUAACAGUCCUGUCCAGUAGGUCCAGUUUGGAUGUGACCCUGAAGCCCCCAAGAAUAAAAGAGAUGUUCAUAGAAAACAAGGCUGUGCUGGAAUGCAUCAUCACAGGAGAGGAUGAAGCAAUAAAAGAAGCUGUAGUGACCUGGAUGUUGGACAGUGUACAGGUGACAGAUAAGAUUACACAGACCGGUCCAGAACAGGCAGGUCAUCUCUUCAGAAAGAGCAGCAUCCUGACUCUGGCAGUGAAGGACUGGGAAGGUGGCAAAACAGUGAAGUGUAGUGUGCUACAGAAAGGUGGUCCUACUAUCACUAAGACCCUCAGUUUUGGGCAAAAAGGUACAACGAAACCUACAGUCUCCAUCCAAACACCAUCUCCUGAAGACCUUGAUGGAAAAAGUGAAUUCUUCCUGGUCUGCCUGGUAACAGGCUUCUAUCCUGAGGAAAUAUACAUCAUGUGGCAAGUAGAUGGGGGGAAGUAUGAGGAAGGUAUUACUGGAGAGCCACUGAAGACUGGGGAUAAAUACUCUGUCACCAGUCUGUUUAAGGUAUCAAAACUGGACUGGGACAAAGGCAACAGGUACAGCUGCAACGCCAGACACGCAUCUCAGGAGGGAAAGCCCUACAUGAAUAAUCAUUCUGUGUCCAAGUCAGCGGGUAAUUCACUGGAAUGUCCUGUAUGACCUGAGCCUGUCUGUGUAAAUGCCACUGAAAAACCACAAUGAACAGAAAGCUGCAGCACAUCUUUGUAGAUGCCACUGAGUUUCCUUAUACUCCAUAGUCACUGCUGUUCUAAUCUCAUGUACAGUAUACAUGAAAAGAUCAGUGCAGUUUUCAAUGGUUCCGAUAUUCUGAUAUGUUAGACUGCCUCAGGAAGUCCACUGUUGUAAUUUUGUGUUCACGCAGUAUGAUAAUCCCCUGCUGUUUGCCAACUUAAUUUUUUUUGGUCUUUUAAAUUUAAUAUCUAAUACAGUGGUACCUUGGUUUAUGAGCAUAAUUCGUUCCGGAAACAUGCUUGUAAUCCAAAGCACUCGU